AUGACAGACCUCAUCAUCACUGAUAACCUACACCGCGGAUUAUCAUUGCACGUGAAAGUCAUACGACUAUUACUGCACAAGAAUUGGUUAAUCCGUUCCCACCAUAAGCUGUCAUUCCUAUUGCUAUUCGUAAUUCCCAUAUGUUUUGCUAUAUUACUCCUCCUGUUAAGUGGCGGUGAAAGGGACAGAAAUAACAUUAAUAACAGCGAUUACCUGGAUAUAGUCUAUUGUCCUAACAAUAGCUACACGAAUACGCUUAUGGAGAAAGUGGGUGACUAUUUGGCCACAAAAUAUCGGCACAGAUAUUGUGACCUUCGGUUGGGGGUGUAG